GGCAGCCGAGCCCGGCGGCCGCGAGCAUCUCGGUCUAGCGUCCCCCCCGUCCUGGCUCGUCACAUGAUUUCUCCUAAGGGACAACUGCUGAGCGGGACUGUGCCUCCGAGCUGAUCCUUUGCUGAUAAGCCAGCUGCCAAGCCUCCACUGCUGAGACAAAAGAGUUUUUCUCUUCCCAGCAGGGCUUUUCUGCUGUGAAUGACAGAGAAAGGGGUAAAAGUGAGCUGCCUGGCACUCCUCGUGGGCGAGAGGCUUUGGGGGCUCCUUGUCCCCCGCUGUGCUGGCAGAUCAUGGAGCUUUUCAGGCUGAGCCUGGGCUGCAUUUGCCUCCUUCCUUGGCUUGAGGUAGCAGAGGGACAGGGCUUCCUCAUAAGGAACACCCGGCUGGAAAAGUGCAUCCGUGCCUCCCGGGAGACCCACAGCAUCAGCCUGGCCAGCUGCAAGGAGCACUCCCAGCAGCAGAGGUGGGGCUGGGACCCUGACACGGGCUCCAUCGUCAGCCUGCACACGAGGCGCUGCCUGUCGGCACACAGGAUGCGCCAGAACGCCCUGGUCAAGCUGGAGCCCUGCGGAGACUGGGAACGCCAGGCGUGGUCCUGCAGCAAGAAGGGACACUUGACUCUGCAGAGCUUGGGCUUCUACCUUGGCACCACGGAGGGAGGCCACAAGGUCUUCAUCUCAAGGGAGAAGGACAAGUUCAGCAGGUGGAAGACGCUGGCAGAUGAAACCAUCUGUGCUGCUACCCGGUCAGCAGCUGAGAGGCUCAGCAAACCAACACAACAAGCUCUAGACACACGUGUGUGGAUCUAUGAAACUAAAACCAUAGACUCAUCAAAGAUCGAUGCUCUGGACAGAGAGUCUUCUGUGAGCCUGACUGACCCCCCUCUGGCUAACAAGUUCAACAGCACAGUUUCUCCAGCAAAGACCAAACAGGCACAGCUCCCAGCAAAUGAGGAUCCAUCCCACAACCACUCCAAGAAACAUGGAAAUCGGGGAAAAAACACUGGGGCCAGGCUUGCAGGCACGAACUGGAAGACAGCCAUGCUGGUCCUCAGCCCCCUGGCAUUCAUACUGGGAUUAAUAAUACUGACACUCAAUGUUCACUACAACAAGAAGAAGAAAAUCCUCUCUGCUCUGAAGAGCUCUCCAGCCAACAGCAGCAGAGUUGAUUUACGGGAGCCGGCCGCCCUGCGAAGAGGCCCCCAGCCGUACCUUCCUCCAUCCCGCUCCCCUGCCCUGAGGCGUGGAGAGAUCCUCAUCGAGUGGAAAGAUGGGACAGUCACUCCUCUUUUUGACAACAUCAAUUACCAAGUGGACUAGCUCCAAGAUGACAGAGCUUCUGUUCCCUCCCGUGUCAGUGUUCCCACCAGGAAGAUUGCCACCACAGCUAUCUCCUCCCUGCCCUUGCAGUUUUGACAGGAAGCACAGUUUGGGGUUUUUUUCUAAACACUUGAGUACAAUCUUCUUGCACAGGAGAAGGCUGAAGCAAGCAGAGUAGAUUGCUUGGUUUGUAUAGGCACAUGCUGCUUAGCAAUUUCAGAACUGCUUUAACCCAUAAGAAACCCCAGGUUUCCCUACAUGAAGCUGGGACUCCUGCCAGCUGCAACUGCCCAUUGAAUCAAAAUUAGAGUUACUGAGCAUAUGAAAAAGUGAAUCUUUGAAGACAAGGCAAAAGGUAAAAAGCAAAAGUCCUGAUGAUCCUUAAAUUAUUUUUAAGAUAAAACUAGUUGCCAAUAGACACAGAAGGCCAUCAGUUACAUUGUCAUUGUGAGAAUGUAUUUAAUAAGCACUGCCUUCUAUAAAAUCUCUUCCAGGUAUCUGCCAAAAUAUUCAUCCCCACUAAGCUGUCAAUUGAGUAACAGCAAGUCAUUUUUCCAACUUAAAAGGCAGCACUCCACUGUCCUCUCUGCAUCACUGCAAGAGCCCUGCUGAGAGAGCAUGUGUCUCUCAAAACUUUUCCAUAUUUAGGAUGUACUAAACCUUACUAUAACACACAUCCUCUUUUAUUAUAGACUGGCAAGAAAUGUCGGUCAUGCUUGUUUGGGGAUAUUGCAUAUAGAGCCACUUUAUUCCAGCUUCAGUCUCUGAUUUCCUAUAAUCAUGUGGAAUAGUCAAUGAAUAGAUACACUGUUCCACCAGAGCAGUAAUACAGUUCUUUUUCUUUAACAUAGGAGUAAGACAUUGUUUUCAGCCUUUACACUUCUUGUUUGAGCAAAAUUGCCUGCGACUAUCACACCAAAUCCUGAUCUCUUCUCUGAAAUCUGCAAUGUCUUAGUGCUUUCUUAAUAUUCAUGAAUGUAUGCUUUCUUUCUCUCUGAGAUGAUGUAAUCAUGACUUUAAGUCAGGUUAUGUGGAGAAAGAAACAAUAACACCAGGAAAUGACAAGUAUGAGCUGUGUCAGUGCAUUUGUUCAGUAGAGCAAGGGAAACCGUAUCCUCAUGUCUCUUACUUGAGCAACGCCUUUCAUUUGACCUAAAUUAAGCUGUUCUGCUAUUUCAGUGUAGUUUGGGUUUCUCUUGAGUUUGGUUUUAUUUAACCUACAGCAGAAGUAAGAUCACUCCAGGGAAUUUAAAAUCUCUGGGGUUUUUUUAUCAUUUUAAAAUCUCUGGUAGUUUGUUUGUUUUUGAGGGUUUUUAAAGUUAUUUUUCUUUUUAAAUGGUAAAAAGUUUGCUGUCAUAAGAUAUUAUUACAACCAAAACCUUUACUGGUCUUAAAAAAAAAAAAAAAACAACCAAGCCCUAUUGGUUUAGGGCAUAAAUAUCAUAGAGGUUGGAAAUAAAUAUCUUUGCCAGGCAGAUUAUUCCAUAAUUAUUUACUGGAGGGUUUCCCAGAUGCUCCCUGGGAAAAUAUUUUACUAUUAGACAUGGGCAGAGGAAAAACUCUUUUUUCGCCAGUAAGCAGCAAGAAUCAGAAUUAAAUCCUGACUUUCCAACAUUUCUGCUUUAAAUGAAACUCAAAGACUCUGGGAUCAAAAAAUGUUUAAGAAUCAUUUUACUCACAAAAUUUGUGGGAAUACAUUAUGUACAUAAAUCACUUAAAAUGUACACACAGUGCCUGACAAAUCAUCACAGUUACACCCCUUGGAAUUUUGCCCAAGGAGCACAUCACCUUACAGUGCACAGCACUGGUCACCCUCCAAAACCCUGACAGGCUUUGGAAGCACCAUGUGAGCAGUGCCAUUAAAAAGGAAAUACUGGCUUGGAGCUGAGCUAAUGUGUUUUCCAAAGCAUCAAGUGCCUGCGUUCAUUACUGCUGAAUGGGCAGAACCCAUGGCUUGUUAAUGACUCUCUAACUCCAGCUUAAUAUGCUAAUCUUGCUCAUAAAUAGGAAGGCAGCAACACCAUUGUUUACACAGGACUGAUUAAAUGGUACCUCAAACAAUAAUGAAAAACCAAGACUGAGGCUGCACAGGCUUUUAACUCUUCUCUCCCACUCCCACUGGUUGUUACACUCUCUGCCAAUACCUGAGUGGAACACUUCUGAGGAAGUGUUCAUAAUAAAAAUAAAGCCUGACUGUAAUGUGGACAAGCACUGAAGUUUUUUAUGUGUAUAUAUACAUACACAAUUAUAUAUAAAAGCCUCCUUAUAAUGCAUCCCCUUUUUUGAAAAUAUAAAUAAAUGCAAUUUUACAUAACUCCACUGGAAGAUAAUGGAGUGACAUGCAAGAGAUUCUUGUCACACUGGUACCAACAUUAGUAAUGUUUGCUACCCCAAAAAAGGAGUGGGUGCAGCCACAGGAGUACUGAUAGUAUGAAACACACAUAAGAUUGCACAUAAGCUUGGAUACCCUGUGCAGAAAGUGGAUUAAAUACCCUUUCCCAACCCCAUGGAAAGUCUAUGGCUAAGACGUCUGUUAAAGAUCAAAAAAAUAAAAGAAAGAGGCAAAAGAACUUCAAUUUACCACUUAAAUACUGUACCUCAAUCAUUUACUAAGACUGUCUGGGUGGAAAACGUUCUCACAACAGUACAUUAUGGAUGAACAUAAAUUCAUGAUACAAAAAAAAAGACCUGAAAUGAUCUGACAAGUUAUCACUGGAAGAGUUGGGAAUAGAACUACUGCUUCCUCAUUUGAAAUUCAAGGUAUGACUUCUGCAGUAAGCGUUUUGUUAUUAAAAAUCCCCAUAUGCUCAUUUUCUCAACUCUCUAGCUUUACAUCAGCAAGUCAAGAUGUAUCAAGUGUUUGAUUUUUCAAAAAGAUCUGUGGUUGUUCAGCACUUCAA